CAACAUGUUCUCCUUAGGAAAACACAAGCAUCUUUCAAGUGUUGUUCCUCUUCGUCACUCCCUCCUCGUCUUCUUCUUCUUCCUUGAGUUCUGUUUUCUUCUUAGCUAAGAAAAAAGAAUGGAGGGAAAUGGAUGUCUUGGUAAUUUUGUCCAGAGGGCCAAGCCAUACAUAGCCAUGAUUUGUCUGCAAUUUGGCUAUGCCGGCAUGAACAUUAUAACCAAAGUUUCUCUCAAUAGAGGCAUGAGUCAUUAUGUCCUAGUCGUCUAUAGACAUGCCUUCGCUACUGCAGUCAUCGCUCCCUUCGCUAUUGUUCUUGAGAGGAAAGUGAGGCCAAAAAUCACAUUUCCAAUUUUUAUACAAAUUUUCGCGUUGGGACUCCUAGGGCCUGUGAUUGAUCAAAACUUUUACUACGCGGGACUAAAAUUCACAUCCCCUACUUUUUCUUGUGCCAUGAGUAACAUGCUCCCGGCAAUGACAUUCGUCAUGGCUGUCCUUUUCAGGAUGGAGAAACUAGACAUGAAGAAGAUCAGAUGCCAAGCAAAGGUGAUAGGAACCAUAGUGACAGUGGCUGGAGCCAUGUUGAUGACAUUGUACAAGGGUCAUGUGAUUAACCUUGUGUGGUCUGAGCACAUACAUCCUCCUCAAACCAAUGUCCCGUCUCAUGACACCACCGACAAGGACUGGUUUAAGGGUUCCAUUCUCCUCAUCAUUGCUACAUUUGCCUGGGCUUCUUUCUUCAUCCUUCAGGCAAUUACAAUGAGGACAUACACAGCUCACCUCUCACUCACUGCACUAGUAGUCUUCAUGGGCACUUUGCAAUCUGCUGCUGUCACUUUUGUCAUGGAACACAAUCCAUCUGUUUGGACCAUUGGCUGGGACAUGAACCUUCUAGCUGCUGCCUAUGCUGGUAUAGUGUCAUCAAGCAUUGCAUACUAUGUACAAGGUCUGGUCAUGCAGAAAAGAGGGCCUGUCUUUGUGACUGCUUUCAGCCCUCUAAUGAUGAUCAUAGUGGCAAUCAUGGGCUCUUUUAUCCUGGCUGAAAAGAUAUAUGUUGGAGGUGUUCUUGGUGCCAUACUGAUCGUGGCCGGACUUUACUCGGUUCUGUGGGGCAAGUACAAGGAGUACAAAGAGAAGGAAGCGGAGAAGAUCCCUGAGCCAGUAAAGGGAUUUAAUGGAGGCAAUGGACAGAGUAGUAUGACAAUGAUCCAUGAAAUGGAAGAAAAUGACAUUGAGAUGCAGAAAAAUGAAGCUAAGAAGAUAUCAGUUGACAUUAGGGCUCCAAUUCCACAAACCCCCAUGGUAGCUAUGGAAGCUCCAAAAGUAUGAUCAGUUGAGAAAGUGCAUGGAGAAGGAAGAAAAAGAGAGAAAGAAAGAGGGCAUUUUAUAACACUGAGAAAAAAAUAGAGAGUGAUUUUCAUUUGGAAAGGCAUGGGAUGAGGGUUUUUUUGUACUUUAUUUUACUUUUUUCCUCUUCAAUUUUCUUUUUUUGGGUUAAAUUAUGAACCUUGUUCGAUACCUUUCAUGUAAGCAAAUAUUCUGAAAUUUAGAUGAAAGGAAAAUGAGGAGAUUUGCAGAA